AUGUCCCUCUCCAAGCCGUCCUUUAACUCCCUGCCCCUACGCAAGGAUGGCCCCCACGGGAAUGCCUGGGGCCUGUUUGGGGACCAGGACCAGUGCGGCAUGCUGAACCUCUUGACGCCCGCGACCACCGCUGCUGCCGCCAAGGAGAUCAUCGAUGGCGUCCGCAUCUCGACGGACUGGCCUCUCGAUCGCAUGUCCAAACCGUGCUUCGGCAGAGCCCCCUUCUCCCACACCAUCAAGACCAAGGCCCCGCGCUCUGUCAAUGACGACAGCCUGGCCUUCAACACCCAGUCGAGCUCCCAGUGGGAUGGCUUCAGGCACUACGCCUACCAAAAGGAGAAGCUGUGGUUCGGCGGACGUACGCUCGACGACCUCUUGACCUCGGAUGCUAUCGGGACAAAUCUCUGGGUUGAGAACGGGGGUGUUGUCGGCCGGGGCAUCCUCCUCGACUACGCCGCAUGGGCCGACGCCCAAGGCAUCAAGCCGGACUGCUUCGCCACAACCUCCAUCUCCGUCUCCGUUCUCGAGCAGGUCGCGGCGAGCCAGGGCACUCGGUGGAGGCAAGGCGAUAUCCUGUUCAUCCGCACCGGCUGGGUUCGGGCAUACGACCUACUAUCCGACACCCAGUGCCAGGCUCUGGCCGACCUGUCGACGCCGCCCGCCAUUGGUCUCGAGUCCUCCGAGACGACUCUUCGUUGGCUCUGGGACCAAGGCUUCGCCGCCGUCGCUGGUGAUCAACCCAGCUUCGAGGCUUGGCCUUGCCAGAACCCGGACUUUUGGCUUCACGAAUGGUUGCUCGCCGGCUGGGGAAUGCCAAUCGGCGAGCUGUUUGACCUGGAGAGGCUGGGCGAAGAGUGCAGAAGGAGGCAACGCUGGUCCUUCUUCUUCAGCAGUGUGCCUUUGAAGGUCCCUGGAGGUGUGGCUAGCCCGCCUAAUGGCAUUGCUAUUUUCUAA